UAUGUAGUUGACUGGUGGGGGUGUACGAUGACAGUAUUUGUUAGAGAUCCUUGUGGUAUUGUAUGUAUUUUGAUGACAUAUGUGGCUGUGCUUUAUGCAGAUUACGUAGUAGUAAGAUGGAUUAUUCUACAGACUAUGCAAAACAGUCUUUGGGGACCAUUCCAUGUUGUACUCUUCAAUACAAUUGUUUUUCUGCUUGGGAUGGCACAUUUGAAAGCAGUUUGUUCGGACCCUGGCGUUGUUCCGUUACCUCAGAACAGAGUCGAUUUUUCUGACAUUCAUUCAGGGUCACAGAAUUCACUACAGCGAGAGGAUUGGACUGUGUGUACAAGAUGUGAAACCUACCGACCACCAAGAGCGCAUCACUGUCGAAUUUGCAAACGUUGUAUACGCAGAAUGGACCAUCAUUGUCCAUGGAUAAAUAAUUGUGUUGGAGAGCAAAACCAGAAGUAUUUCAUCCAGUUCCUGGUUUACGUUGGUGCCCUAGCAGCGUAUGCAAUUAUUCUUGUGAUAGUUUCAUGGGUAAUGGACUGCCCAGAAUGCAGUAAUGAAGUGACAGUAAAGCAGAGUAGAAUCUUACACUGUGUGAUACUUGUGGUGGAAAGUGCCCUGUUUGGAAUGUUUGUGUCUGCAAUCUUGGUGGAUCAGUUUCAAGCGAUAUUCAGUGAUGAGACAGCAGUGGAACAGGUGCAGCAGCAGGGUCCAUAUAGACCCCAUAAACACAAAUGGGCACUUCUCACAGAAGUGUGCGGCCGCAGUCAUCCUAUCUUUUGGCUGCUGCCGUGUGCCAGUGUACCUAAACACUUGGAAGAGCCAUUGCUCAACCACACUGUCUGAAAUUGUGUGUACUGUGAUGUGAAGUGUUUAAACUGGAUAUUUGUUAUGUUGCUUUAUAAUUUAAAUUUGCCGGGUGAUUGCAGUGAUAAUCUCGAGCAUAUUUCAUUAACUGGAUGAAUAAUGUUUUAAAAGUGCUAUUGUGAGUCAUAUGGCUGAGAGUAUAUUAAGAUUUUAAUUUGUUAUUAUCAUUUGUGAUGUGAUCCAAAUGGUUUUUUUAAUUUCUUUGUAUGUGAAGGAGUCAAGAUAAUCCUUUUUUAUUUAUUAAUGUUGUUAAUAAGUUACAUUUAUUUAUUGUUUUAUAGCACAUUGUGAUAUAAUGUUGCCUUGAUGUGUAACUUGGAACAAGGUAACUAAAAGUUUCCAGGAGAGAUGAUCGGUUUGUGUGUAUUAUUAACGUGUCAUGAAUUCAUGAGCUAAAACAGUGAACAGGAAUUCUGUUACCUUUAAAUAAUUUAUAUCCUCUCCGUCUGUCUGUCUCUCUCUGUGUGUGUGUGUGUUGUGUGUGUGUGUGUGUGUGUGUGUGUGUGUGUGUGUGUGUAAAAGGGGGGGGGGGUGUGGGAGAGGAUGAAUCAAUAUGACACAUAUAUUCAUGGAACUACUUUAAAUUUUCAACUGUCUGCAUUGUACACAAUAUGUAUUAUGAAAGUUGAAGAAAAAGCAAUUGUAUGUUUGCUGUAACGUUAUCUUUUAUUUCUGUUGUAGGUGCAAAAUGUUCUCUUUUACUUCUUGAUCGUCCCAUGAAAGUAGCAUGAAAAUCAAGGAGAAAAGUAUUACUCUUGCUUAAGUAUGUUGUUUAGUGAUUUAAGUGUGACAAUAAUUCUGUAACACUGCAGGCUAUGUUUUUUGUAUGAUAAUGGUACUCUGUUGUUUUGUGCAAAUCUGAAUUGUAUUUAUUACCUUGAUGCUUUACCAGAGCAUGAGAGAAUUUUUUUCCAGAAACUAUGCAUAUUGCACAGAGCCAUAUCUUCUAAUAGACAGAGUUAGUCAGUCUAAAUUCAUAUUGUUGUUGAAAAUGACAUAAUUAUUUCAUCUUCCCCAUUAUUUUGUUCACUGCUCACUUAUUUUAUUGGAAGACUGCCAUACAUGUUUUUGUACUGAUAUUCUAUAGUCCUAAACAAACAAAUAGAAUUUUUGGCUUGCCAUAUUAUGUAUCUGAAUUAGAGAUGUAAUGAAAAGUACAUCCUGUACAUUUGUAAUGUCUACUUUUUUGUAGUUGACUAUUGCACCCUUCAGAGCAAAGAUCUUAGUAGGAAAACAGCUAUUUUGUGGACUCAACUAAAUCAUAGUUAAAGGCUUCCGUCUUGUUUCAGAAUACUGGUUUUAGGGCUUCUAUUGUUUCUCUUAGCAAUAAAUAAAGAAUUGUAUGUUCAUCAGCAGCUGAAUAAGUGAUGUGCUUUCAAACAAAUACUUCUAAAAAAGAUAUGAAAUUCAAUCAAAAUGAAAAGUAAUGUUCCCCAUCCAUCUUUUGCUUACUUUUCCAUAUGAUGUGGUAAAACACUUGGGCAGGUUUUACAUCUGGUUAGCAAUAUCAUUAUCUUUGGUCUUUGUUUGUGAAUGAGGGACUUAUUACCAUAUAUUUUGGCACCUUAAAGCCUGCUCAACCAAUCCAUCCCCAACCUGCUGCACUUUGUGUUUGGCCUAUUUUUUCUGUUUCUCUGUCUUUCUCCUCCUGUCUUAAGUUUUUCUUUUAUUGCAUUUUAUUCCUUAUAAUUUUCACUGCCAAGGCAUUUUGUUUUCAGACUUUUCAAGAGAAUUCAGUUGUUUGGAAAAAACUUGAUUAUUCUUUUUUCUGUAAAUGUUAAAAUUCCAUCACUGCAAUUUAAUGAGUCAAAUUGUAGUAGUCUCAAAAGUUGUUAAUUUAUGUACUACCUUUUACAACACUUCUGUAUUCAUGGUAACUGAAAAGUAAGUCUGUUAAUAGUC